AUGACUUCCGAAAGCGACAAUCCGCUCAUUAAAGCCUUGCCCCCCGCAACCGAUUACUUAACGUACCUGACCCUACUCGAGUACCAGCUCACCCCUGCACGCCUGCCGACCCUGCACCGACUGUUACAAGAUGAGGUCCUGACGACAAACAUCGGCUGGGACUUGGUGCAGAUUCUCUUGCCUAUGCUUCCACAAUCGCAAGACUGCCUACAAGAUGUGGCCCGAUUGGGAAAUCCGCGAGAAGUCAUAUUGAGAGUCUCGGAUAGCUUGAUGAAGCUAGAACCUGGUGAUGACGACGAGAGCGAGGAUGAGUCCAGCAACCAAGCCUCGGAGGCGGCGAAAAUACCUCGUCAUGUAAUGCAAUUCAACUGUCUAGUCGCCAUGUUGUCCGUCCUUCACCGUCGCAUCAAGACUAAAUUUCCUAGCCGUUUUAUCGCCACGUCAUUACAAGCUGCGCUGGAAGCUUACAGCUCAAUGCCGACAAACGAGACCACCAAUGCAAUCCUAGAAUUCUUACGAGAUCUGUCUCCAUCGAAGCGACCGACAUUACCACCUCGUGGAACAAGCAGUUCCUCUGUAGUACGGGUGUCGCAGGCCUCGGCCCCUGACCCCGAGGCUGCAUAUGACGAACCAACUGCAUUCGAUGACACGGCUAUGCAACGAAAGCUAAUACAAUUUGGCCUGAUUGAGGUACUAAAGACGUAUAUGCUCAGUCUAUCAACUCCAGAUAACUCUGGGUUAUGGCUUGCUUUGAGAUUGCUAGAAAAAUCAGCUCAGCGGGAGAGACCAUCAACAGAUCGCAUUUCGAGGAUUCGAAUGUAUACAGAGGAUGAGCAACUCAAGGAGCGAGAUUUAAUAGUUGGGAGGAUCUGCGCUCUAUCACGAGACAUUGGUAUCAAGGAUGAAGAUCUCUUGGAUAUUGUUUUGACUCCGGCAGAGUCCCAUCCCCCACCUAUCGAUUUUGAAGAGAUACCAAAAUCAGCAGAGGAAAUACCAAUAGAAAGACAUGGCGCUUUACUCUUGCUAGCUGCUCGGUCUUCCGCUGCCACUUUGUUUGAAGGUGCUGAAACUGCACGAAUCCCAGUAUAUCCGGACAUAGGAGCAAUUUUGUCGAAUUUUGUCGGUUCUGACAUUGCAGAUCAGGCUGCAGAUGAACAGGCUCAAGCCCUUUACGACGCGUUGUUAGCACUUACGAUAAUCUCGUCCCAGAAAGAGGUUGAGAAGCCGGCGGAUGAUGAGCAAUUUGCAGCCCUGGUACUCGCAUUGACAAGAUGCAGUUGUCGUCAAACUUACAAUGGUCUUCGAAAUAUUCCAGCUGCUAUCGUACACAGUAAUCCGUCCCUGGAAUCUCGGUUCAAUUUGAUACAUGAUAUUAUACAAACGGACGAAUUACUCUAUGCUCGAGAAAGCGCAAUAGGCUGGCUCAAAGAUGAGAUAUUGAUGGCAACAAAGACUCAAGAUGAGAAUGAUAACAUCUUCAUUGACCCACAAUAUUUCUCAAAGAUCUCGACGUCCCUUUACAACGCUUCCGCGUUUCAGACUCUUGAUAUGUCCGAAGAGAUUGUCAUUUCAUGGAUUAGCUUCUCACAAUCCCUCGCGCCUUACCUUCAUGCCGCUCUCAACUUAUACUACGUCAUUAUCAGCUCGCUUCAAUUACGCGAACAAUUCAAGAUUGAGAAUAAGUAUGCUUCAUUCCGCAAAAACUUUCUCGAACCCUUGAGAUCAAUCUGUCACGCAUUCGAAGAAGACUUAGUGCAGAAUGGUGGCGAUGGGCAUAUCGAAGCCGUCGUGGGCGAGGAAAUGUGUCAAGUCGGAAUGGCGCAGUCUGUUGGGCUGUUGUUUCAUAUUAUCGAACAGGUUGAUGAGAAGCUGGGCGAAUUAUUCGGAGACGAAUCAGUUAGAACUUAG